GUCGACGUGUUGCCGACGAAAACAAAGAGGAAGAAGAAAAGGUCUGUUUGUCCAAAUUGAAAGGAACCAACCAAUAAAUCUCGUUUACUUCUCCACUAGGAAGCUUCCAUCAAUGGCGGACUUCAAUUACGCCUUCAUCUCUCUGGUUCUUCUUCUUCCUCUUGCACUACUCAUUUUCCUAUACCUAAUUGUUCGUCCUCGCUCCGUUAACAUUCCUUUGAAGAAUCGCCAUGUCUUCAUUACCGGCGGAUCGAGCGGAAUCGGGCUUGCGUUGGCCCACCAGGCCGCAUCGGAGGGCGCGCGAGUCUCCAUUCUUGCGCGAUCUCUCAAGAAGCUCGAGGAAGCGAAGGACGCAAUCAGACUCUCCACUGGUAUUGAUGUGGCGGUCUUCGCUGCCGAUGUUCGAGAUUACGAUGCUAUUUCCAAGGCUGUAGAUGAAGCAGGGCCGAUUGACGUUCUUGUUGUGAAUCAAGGCGUGUUCGUACCUCAGGAGCUGGCAGAGCAAGAUAUGGAUGAGGUGAAAUUCAUGUUAGAUGUUAAUUUGUUGGGCGCAUUUCACAUGAUUAAGGCUGCCCUGCCUACGAUGAAGAAUAGAGUAGACCGUCGACCCGCCUCGAUCGCUCUCAUGUCUUCUCAGGCCGGUCAGGUGGGUGUUUAUGGCUACACGGCGUAUUCAGCUAGUAAGUUUGGGCUUCGUGGUUUGGCAGAAGCCUUGCAACAGGAGGUUAUAGGAGAUAACAUACAUAUUUCUCUUAUAUUCCCUCCAGACACUGACACUCCUGGAUUAGUAGAAGAGGAAAAGAGAAGGCCUGAAUUGACCAAUAUCAUUGCCGCUGGAGGAGGCAGGAUGAAAGCUGAGUUAGUCGCCAAAAAAGCUUUGAAUGGCAUUAAAUCUGGUAGCUUUAUAAUUCCCUGCAACUUUGAAGGAGCAUUAUUGUCCGUAGCAACUGCUGGCUUAUCUCCUCAGAGAUCUUUCUUGAUGGCAUUCCUUGAAGUUGUUACUGCUGGGAUAAUAAGGAUUGUGGGCUUGUGUUUUCAAUGGGUUUGGUAUGAUAGUAUUCAAAAAUGGCAUGCACAGAAAAAAAGAACCUAGAAGAUACGGCUGGUUUUUUCUCGACAAUUUCUUUCAUUCAUGGUUAUUAGCUCCAAGUUCUCUCCUCUGAAUUCUUAAACAACUGGAAGUAAAGGCUCGAGCCCGCUCUGAUAAGUCGAACACUAGUUCAAUAUUUGGUAGGCAAAAGGUCAGGGAUGACUGAUUCAGUAGCAGUUCUCUCUCUUCCCUCAGUUUGACAGUAAGGCUUUCACGGUUGUUUACUCUUUUUCUCUCAUGUUUUUUUAAGGUAGAUCAGCAGCUGUAGGAACUGGAUUUUCAUCCCAACUUGUUAGGGUAUCUUUUCUUACUGUAUGCCAUAGGGGGGAGUUGAAUUUGAUCAUGUGAAGGAAGUUUGGACCUUUAUGAGCUUUUAUCUUACUACAAACGGCAGAAUAAGAGAUUUUUCUUCGCAAA